CCCUCGCGUCGCUCCGCGCGUCGCGAUGGGUCGUAAGAAGCAGACCGCGCGCAAGUCGACCAAGGGCGUGAUACCCCGGAGGCAGCUCGCGGAGAGGUCUUCGCCGGCGUCGCCGGUCGGCGAUCAAGAAAUGACUACAGCGGACGAGAGCGAGAGGUCUUCGGCGGCGUCGUCGGUCGGCGAUCAAGAAACGACAGCGGACCUCGGCGCCGCGGUCGCGGACGCGGUCCUCGCGAAGUACGCGUCGCUGCCGAAGCACGGCAAGCCGCAGGGUGGGGAGUACACCCUCCUCGCCGGGUUCGCGCUCACGGACGACGCGACGCCGAACGCGCGGCCCGUCGUCGUCGCGCUCGGCACCGGGACGAAGUGCGUGGGCGCGAGCGCGCGAUGCCCGCGCGGGCGCGCGCUCGCGGACUCGCACGCGGAGGUGAUCGCGCGUCGAGCGCUGCGGUAUUACCUCCUCGCCGAGCUUUACGCCGAGUUCAAGUCAACGCGGGGGACACCGGUAUCCGCACAAGCGCCGCAGCCGUCUGCGUUCCCGAUCUUCGAGAGGAUUGGGACGGGGCGCGCGUGUGUAGAUUGUGGAGGCAGGGCUCGUGCGGACCCUGGGGGGUGCGAGAGGUAUCGAUUGCGACCGGGUGUGCGGUUGCACAUGUACACGACGCAGUCGCCGUGCGGGGACGCGAGCGUGUUCCCGAGGAGCGACGAGGACGCGUGCGAGGGACACGGCUGCGGGGGGGGCGACGAAGGCGAGGACGACGACGGCGGCGACGGCGACGAGACGCGGACGAAGAAGCGCGCGAAAACGACCGGCGGCGGCGUCACUGGCGCGAAACUCCUCGGCGGCGGCGGCGGCGGCGUCGAUGCGGAGUACGGAGCGACCGACCAAGCGGUCGGACGCGCGAGGGUGAAACCUGGACGAGGCGAUCAGACGAAUUGCAUGUCGUGCAGCGAUAAGAUCGCGAAGUGGGUCGCGCUGGGCGUGCAGGGGAGCGCGCUGAGCGAGCUCUUGGUCGAGCCCGUGUUUUUAUACUCUAUCACCGUGGCGUCUCGCGACGGCGACAGUUCGCGCGCCGCGCUGCGACGCGCGGUCGUGGACCGAACACAGCUUCUGGGCGUGCGCGUGCGACCGCCGCCGCCGUGGCUGUGGCCGCCGACGCCGCCUCUGUUACACUUGUCGCCUCCGCCGCCGAUUGAGUUACGGGGAGACGCGAGGACGACGGAACCGAGGACCGCGUGCGGGUUCUCGAUCAACUACGUCGCGGUGCGCCCUGAUCUAGCCGAUAUCUUUGAGGACUGGAAGUUCCCGGCGGCGACCGCGGCGUCGAAAGGGAGCGUGGAGGUCACCAUGGGCGCGGUCGGGGUCAAAGCGGGGUUCAACAAAAAGGGCAGGGACUCGGACAAGGCGAUGUCCCGGCUGUGCAGGUACAGACUUGCGUGCCUGGCGAUCAUGGUGAUGAGGGAGGUCAGAUGGAGGAUAGGAGUGCGGUUAUCGUCGUACGCCGCGCUGAGAGCGGCCGCGGCUGGAUACAACGACGCGAGAGCCGCGUUCGCGUCGAGGCCGUCGCCUUUCGAGAGAUGGACGACGAAGGAGCCGUGUGACUUCAAUAUGGCGAUUUUGAUGCCGAUUGUUCCCGCAGGGUUGGCGACUAAGGUAGUCUACAAGACGACAUAA